CUCUCUCUCUCUCUCUCUCUAGGCCUUGCAGAACAUGCUGUCAUCCUGGACGUGAGAACGAGAUGGAAUAGCCUGUUCCUGAUGGUGGAGCGAUUCCUGGAGCAGUUCCCUGCCAUCCAGGCCGCCUCCAUGGACACUCGACUUAAGAAAUCAAUGGAGAAGGACAGACUACAGAGAGUUUCUGAUGAUGACUUCAGAAAAGCAGAAGAGUUUGUAAAAGUGUUAAAGAUACUUUACACUUCAACUCUUUGCGUCUCUGCUGAAAGAAGCCCAACGCUGGGUCAGAUUCUGCCAAUCUUGGAUAAACUCCAGCACCACUUCACAGUUACUGAUGUUGACUCCUCCUUCACAAAGACCAUUAAGAACACUAUCUGGAAUGACCUCUCAAAAAGAUACCAGGUUGACAGCAUCAGACAGUUCUUGGAGGAGGGCACAGCCUUAGAUCCCAGAUUCAAGUCAAAAGUGUCAGAUGACGUUUGGACCAGAGUGGAGGAGGAGCUGAUCAGAAAUUCCUCAGAAGAGCAGACUCAGGCCCAGGAGAAGGAACAGGGAGAGAAAGAGAGAGCAGAUCUCCAAGCUGACAGCUCAUCUGAUGAAGAAGCAUCUGCUGUAGCAACACUGAAGAAACCAAAGCUCUCUGCUCUUGAGGAGCUGUUUGCUGUGGAGGACAUGGCAAUUGAAGUAAGAACGGAGACCAUUGUCAGCAGCACUACUGAGAAGAUUCAGACAGAGAUAAAUCACUACAGAUCACUUCCAUCUACGCUGUCCUCAGUGAGUCCAGUAACCUGGUGGUGGGACAUGAAGCACACUCUGCCAUUGCUUUCUGAUUUGGCAACAAGGUAUCUCUGUGUGCAAGCAUCCUCCACACCAUCAGAGCGUACAUUUUCUACUGCUGGGGACAUUAUCAGUCAGGAGCGGGCUUGUCUGUCUCCUGAAAAAGCAGACAUGCUAAUUUUUUUGAAGAAGAACUGCUGA